AUGGUAACGAUACGCCGUGAUGGAGAGGAGGUGCGUGCUGGAGAUGACGGUGAGAUGGGAGACGCUGUGCGGCCAGCCAAGUCGGCGCAGCGCGCGAUGUUCGAGAGAGGCUUUCGCGCGUGGUCAGGCCUAGUUGAUACUGCUAGAAAGGCGACAGGUCUGCCUGAUAGUUGCUUCGACUUGAAUAUGCUUGCAGAUGUACCGUCCCUAUCACCGGGUUUGGAUCUAAAAGCAGAGGACGGCUGGUUACGUGCGACCGGGACUUCAACCUGGGCAACAGACGGCUCUGAUAACUCUGUUUAUAUUGAAAAACAAAUUGAUAUUGACAUCUCAAGGCGCUGGCCUACUAACAUCACAUUGACUGACAGGGACUUGGACUAUUGCUCCUGGUUUGGCCGUGCGGACAAUCAUAUUGCAGUCCUUGUUCUCGCGUGGGCCUACAUUCUCUCGGCUCGCUGGACUGAGCUGGUAUCUGGCGCCGUUCUUGAAUACAACAAUAACAGUCAGAUUGUCGACGGCGAUCAUGUUAUUUCAGUGAAUACAGGAAAAGUAAAUGACGAUGCAGCAAGAUGGUGGGCUGCUGUACUAUCCCAAGAUGGCUGGGAAGCUUAUAUUCCUUCGGAUGAGUCUAGAUUUAAAUCCCCAUGGUCAAUCGCUCUGAAGUCUCCUGUCCGAUUCAGGUUGUCUCAUCAAGGAGAGACUCUGGUACAGCCUAAGGCUAUAUCGUCUGUUGAUGCCCUCGGAUACAUCAAGGAGUACUGUAACUUUCAUGGCGUUACCGACCAGUGCUAUGCAGCGUUAUCGGUUGCUCUCCUCCUUCCAAGACUUAGCUCCAGGGGCCGUAAUGUUCCCCUGCCAAUACCAAAACUCAACCACGAGGCUUGUGUGUCUGGGAUAAUAAAGGAACGGGCCAGCCAUGAGCAGCUGUAUGAGUUCAAAUAUCUGGAUAAGUUUCUGGUUCUGAGCUGCAAUACUAAAGGAGUAUGUGGUCUCCUGUCGAGUAUCUUCUAUGACCCUAAAGUGGCCUGCAAUUUUGCAAGCCCAUGGGUUCAGGCGAUCGUUGCUGCCAUUAAACAUGUUGGCGAUACCCAAAUUAUUCAUGUCAUGGCAGCAAGAUCGCCACAUCUCGCCUUUAUAUGGCUGGGCGCGAUUAUAACAGGGUUCCACAACGAUGUAGUCAGGGAUGGACGAUUUGGUUUAAUACCAAUUGAGCCGCAUUCAGCCAUGUGGACCGGAACAAUCCAGUCAUUUAUGCAAGAGCCUUUAUCCAAACCCUUAGUUACGGAUGGUUAUAUUUCACGUGCUAACGAGUGCCGUUUGCUACACAUAAUACAGGAUGAGUUCCACGAGAGGUGGCCAUUAAGUCCAUGGCAUCCCUUUGGCCAAACUGCACUUGAAGACACUGAACCUAGUGUUCGCUCAAAUGUCGAAAAGGUUACGGGUGGUCUGGUAUAUGCGAAAUGGAGAUGGGCUUCUAAAGAAGGAAGCCUUACUCACCAAGUACCUCGUGGCAGCCUUGUGCCAGUUUUCCGGGAACUAGCGGAGGUGCCUGACAUUCCUGUUAGCUACGAGGGCUUCAGGGACAAAGAUGUGGUAUCGGAGAAUGCAACACGGAUGAUCUUCGACUGGCUACGUUUUGAAGGAUACCCAGCCAGUGAAAGACCGAUAUAUACUCACGAAUGGUUUGCCGUCGAUAAUUCGGAUGAAGAUGCCCACUUUCAAGCUAUCCAAAAAGCAGAGAGGCUUAGACGUAGAGGCCUAGGGCAGCAAAUAUGA